GGAUGGGUUCUACUCAGAUAAGUAUACCUUCAGGUGAGUGACAAGGUGGACAAAGAAGGGACUCAAUAUGGAGGGAUGAAGACACACACGAGAGAGAGGAGAGAGAUGCUGAGGGCUGGGGGCACAAAAUGGGGCUCUGGAGGAGAUGGGGAUGGAGUCAUGGAGUGGAUAAGACAGAGAAACAAAUAGGGACACAGGGACUCAGGGACACAGAGAGAUGGACACAGAGAGAGAAGAGAUGGAGCAAGGAGUGGGAGGCAUAAGGGACAGAAUGAAUGAAGGAGAGGAACAGAGCGCUAGGUGUAUGGGGUAGAGUCAUAGCAGCUGUGGGCACACAGAGAAGAGAGAAAGAGAAAGACGCAGGCAGAGGGAGGAAGGAGACAGAGGGGAAGGGAAACGGUGAUCAGCUGGAAGGAGCAGGAUCAGGAGGGCUAAUUUUCACCUCCUGCUCUCCAUCCCCAGAGACCCCAGUCCUCCCUUCUAACUGUGCCCCCUAAGAGAGAUGGCACCAGCCAGAGCAGGAUUCUGCCCUCUGCUGCUGCUCCUGCUGCUGGGGCUGUGGGUGGCUGAGGACGCAGUCAGUGCCAGGCCCGGGAACAUGACCCCAGCUCAGUGGUUUGAAACUCAGCACGUGCAGCCCAGUCCUCAAGGCUGCAAUGCCACGAUGCACAAAAUCAACAAUUUCUCCAAACACUGCAAAGACCUCAACACCUUCCUGCAUGAGUCCUUCUCCAGUGUGACCACCAGUUGUCAGAUGCCCAACGUAGCCUGCAAGAAAGGCCAUAAUAACUGCCACCAGAGCCAGAUGCCUGUAUCCCUGAUCGAGUGUAAGCUCACCUCAGAGAGAUACCCAGACUGCAAGUACAAUGAGGAGGAAAGGAAUGCUUCUUAUAUUGUGGCCUGUGAGCCCCCUAAGAAAAAGUACUCUAAGAAAUUCAAGCUGGUUCCUUUCCAUCUGGACAAGGUCCUUAAUAUUUCUAUCUUUCCUUGGCCUUGGGUCCUGCUGUAA